GUUUGGUUUGCCGAUGACUCGACCGCAGCAGGUAAACUACGUGCUUUACUGGCGUUUUUUGAAAUGCUAAUAAGCGAAGGCGUAAAGUAUGGAUACCAUGUCAACAGUGGGAAAUCUUGGUUAGUAAUUAAAGAUCCGUGUGAUAUAGAGAGAGCCACUGAAUUAUUUAAAAGUCACGACAUCAAGAUUACAUCCGAUGGUUAUAGAUUACUGGGAGCUGUCAUUGGAUCUACUUGUUUCAGAAAGGAAUAUGUUAAUAGCAAAGUCUCUACUUGGUGUACUGAGCUCGAAAAUCUAUGCUCUAUAACGAAGUCGCAGCCACAUGCCGCAUACGCUGCUUUUGUGCAAGGUUAUAAGCACAAGUUUACUUUUUACAUCAGGACUAUUCCAAACGUUGCCCAUUUGUUCCAACCUGUAGAAGAAAUUAUUUGUUCGAAAUUUUUACCAACUAUAUUUGGCCAGGAUAUUUCUCAACUUGAUCGGGAAACUUAUGCUCUACUCAUACGUAAUGGAGGACUGGGAAUACCACGUAUCCCAGAAGAUGCUGAUUUCGAGCGAAAUACGUCAAAACUGUUAUGUGCUCCACUAUCUGCUUUGAUCAUCAUUCAAGCGUGUAAUCAACUUCCACAAGACGACGCAAUAACCAACGUAAAGUCCCAAGUUCGAAGUCUUCGGGUGGAAAGAGCAACUACCUCCUCAUUAUCGGUUGAUAUUCAACUUUCCCAAGAGCAGCAUCGAACAAUCUCUUUAGCCCGAGAUAAAGGUGCCUCUGGAUGGUUAAAUGUCUUACCACUGCAAGAAGAAGGCUUCUGUCUGAAUAAAGAAGAAUUCAGAGACGCUUUGGCGCUGAGAUAUAACAAAUAUAUCCCAGGUCUCCCAAGCAUAUGUCCCUGUGGAAAACCUUUCGAUCCUUACCACGCGAUGGAGUGUAAAAAAGGUGGCUUUAUACACGCGCGCCACGACCAAAUGAGAAAUCUGGAAGCUGCUCUCCUGUCUGAAGUCUGCAAUGAUUUUUCUAUCGAGCCACCUUUACAACCGGUGACAGGAGAAGAAUUUGCCUUGAGAUCAACAAACACAGAAGAUGAAUCACGACUUGAUGUGAAAGCUAGGGGUUUCUAUAGACAUGGCCAAAGUGCAUUUUUUGACAUAAGAGUAGCACAUCUUAACGCCGCGUCCUAUAAGUUACUACCAACCCACAAGAUCCUCUCACGUCAUGAGAAUGAGAAGAAAAGAGAAUAUAAUCGAAGAGUAAUUGAAAUUGAGCAAGCAGUUUUUACACCAUUGGUCUUUGGCACAAAUGGUGCGAUGGGUAAAGAAUGUGCGAGAUUUCACAAGAUUCUUGCUACAAAGCUGGCAGCCAAAUUUGGCAAACCAUACUCAAUAACUAUGUCUUGGCUACGUACGAAACUCUCUUUUAGUCUGCUGAGAUCUUCCCUUCUGUGUUUGAGGGGCACUAGAGUUCCUUUUUAUAUGAAUAAUACUAGUUUGUUUGACACUUUGUACUAACUUGAACCUUUUUAAACGAAUUGCUUUAAUGGAUUUUAUAUAUUUUUAAUGUAUCUAGCUAUGCUCAAUCUAUGAAUAA